CUGAAAAUCCUACUAGACCAGGCCACCACUGCCCUCCACUGCUGCUGCUCCCAACACGACGACGCCAACCACCUCGCCGCCUCAGUGAGAGAUCCGAAGCUCCCAAGAAAGCGUCAGGUAUUCAGCACUGUCCUCCUCCCUCGUGCAUGGAGUUGACCGGCCUGAGGACGACGGCCGCUGCCGUGCCGGCGGCGGCGCGGCGGGGCUGGAGCGAGCUCCGCUUCGCGCCGCCGCCGCCCCAGGAGCAGCAAGGGAGGAGGGGGAGGCCGGGCGUGAGGAAGGUGGUGGCGGCCAUCAGCGAGGAGGUGCCGCGGCUGGCGUCGUCGUCGCCCGGGGUCAAGGGCGGCGGGGAGAGGCGGCCGGCGCCGGAGAAGGUGGCGCUGCGGGCGGCGCUGACGGUGCGGCGGAAGCAGAAGGAGGACAUCAAGGACGCGGUGGCCGGACACCUCGACGCGCUCUGGGAUAUGGUCGGCCGGAAUGUCGUGCUCGAGCUCAUCAGCACCAAGAUCCACCCAAGGACCAAGAAGCCGAUGCAGAGUGGUCGUGUGUCGAUCAAGGACUGGUGCCAGAAGAGGGGAGCCAAGGGCGACCACGUCGUGUACACGGCCGAGUUCACGGUGGACGCAGACUUCGGCGAGCCAGGCGCCAUCGCCGUGUCCAACCGGCACAACAGGGAGUUCUUCCUGGAGAGCAUCGUCGUCGAGGGUGGCCUGCCGAGCGGGCCGGUGCACUUCGCCUGCAACUCGUGGGUGCAGUCCACUAGGGAGCUGCCGACAAAGAGAGUGUUCUUCAGCAACAAGCCAUAUUUACCAUCUGAAACACCUCCCGGGCUUAGAGAACUAAGGGAGAAGGAGCUGAAAGACCUAAGAGGAGAUGGCACAGGGGUUCGGAAAUUAUCUGACAGAAUAUAUGAUUAUGCCACGUACAAUGAUUUGGGAAAUCCAGAUAAGGGGAAGGAAUUUAUCAGGCCGAUCCUUGGAGGCGAGAAGAUACCUUACCCACGGCGUUGCCGGACUGGUCGCCCGCCAACAGAUACCAACAUGCUAGCAGAGAGCAGAGUAGAGAAGCCGCAUCCAAUAUAUGUUCCCCGGGAUGAGGCAUUUGAGGAGCUGAAGCAGGGUGCCUUCUCAUCAGGGAGGCUCCGGGCAGUACUUCACACGCUGAUCCCAUCGCUGAUUGCAUCCAUCUCAGCUGAGACCCACAAUUUCCAAGGCUUCCACCACAUUGACAACCUCUAUAAGGAGGGCCUCAGGCUGAAGCUGGGUCUGCAAGAACACCUGUUCCAGAAGAUACCACUUGUUCAGAAGAUUCAGGAGUCGAGUGAAGGGAUGCUUCGUUAUGACACACCUAGCAUUCUUUCUAAGGACAAGUUUGCAUGGCUCCGUGAUGAUGAAUUUGCUAGGCAGGCUGUUGCAGGAAUAAACCCAGUUAACAUCGAGAGGCUCCAGGUUUUCCCACCGGUGAGCAAGCUGGAUCCUGCAAUAUAUGGACCACCAGAAUCAUCAAUCACUGAAAAACAUAUAGCUGGACAUCUCAACGGACUCACAGCACAACAGGCGAUGGACGAGGCCAAGCUGUUCAUAAUGGACUACCAUGAUGUGUACCUGCCAUUCUUGGACCGGAUCAAUGCAAUAGAGGGACGGAAAGCAUAUGCAACCCGAACAAUCUUCUUCCUGACAGAAGCUGGCACGCUGAAACCGAUUGCUAUCGAGCUGAGCCUUCCUCCAACUCAGCCAGGGGAGCCUGGGCCAAGCAAGGUGCUGACUCCUCCCUGUGAUGCUACCACGAAUUGGCUCUGGAUGCUUGCCAAGUCCCAUGUCAGCUCCAACGAUGCUGGCGUCCAUCAGCUGGUCAAUCACUGGCUGAGGACGCAUGCAACAAUGGAGCCGUUCAUCCUGGCGGCGCACCGGCAUAUGAGCGCAAUGCACCCCAUCUUCAAGCUCCUGCACCCGCACAUGCGGUACACGCUCGAGAUCAACGCGCUUGCACGGCAGAGCCUCAUCAACGCCGAUGGAGUGAUCGAGUCCUGCUUCACCCCCGGCCCCGUCUCCGGCGAGAUCAGUGCGGCUUACUACCGCAACCACUGGCGGUUCGACCUGGAGGGCCUCCCUUCCGACCUCAUCCGCAGGGGAGUUGCUGUGGAGGACGCGACGCAGCCCCAUGGCGUCAGGCUUCUCAUCGAGGACUACCCUUACGCGAAUGACGGGCUUCUGCUUUGGUCGGCCAUUCGCAACUGGGUGGAGUCGUACGUGCAGCUCUACUACCCGGACGCGGGGACGGUGCAGGGCGACCUCGAGCUCCAGGGGUGGUACCACGAGUCGGUCCAUGUCGGGCACGGCGACCUCCGCGACGCGCCGUGGUGGCCGCCGCUCUCGACGCCGGCGGACCUGGCGUCGAUUCUGAUGACGCUCGUCUGGCUCGCGUCGGCGCAGCACGCGGCGCUCAACUUCGGGCAGUACCCUCUGGGCGGGUACGUCCCGAACCGGCCGCCGCUGAUGCGGCGGCUGCUGCCGGACCUGGAGCGCGACGCGGCGGAGUACGCGGCGUUCCUGGCCGACCCGCACCGCUUCUUCCUGAACGCGAUGCCCGGGGUGCUGGAGGCCACCAAGUUCAUGGCGGUGGUGGACACGCUGUCGACGCACUCCCCCGACGAGGAGUACCUCGGCGAGGGGCGCGACGAGGGCGGCGUGCCGUGGACGGCGGACGAGGCGGCCGUGGCGGCGCACGCCAUGUUCUCGGCCGACGUGCGGCGCGCCGAGGAGGCCAUCGAGAGGCGCAACGCCGACCACAGCCGCAAGAACCGGUGCGGCGCCGGGGUGCUGCCGUACGAGCUGCUGGCGCCCAGCUCGCCGCCGGGGGUCACCUGCCGCGGCGUGCCAAACAGCAUCUCCAUUUGAUCCGGCGACAUUGCCAAUCCAUUGUUGAUUGAUUCCCCUCUGUUCUUGUUUCCGAUCUGUAAUUUUAGUAAGAUGAAUAUGAAUUUAGGAGAGUAUUAAUCAG